GUACUGUUUUCACAAAAUUCUGUCUUUCUAGUAGGUUUCUGAGUGGAAUUAAUGCCUUCUCUCUUCUCUUCAGCCGUUUUAUUUUCUAUUCCAGAGGACUCUCCUUCAUUCCAUUUCAAUGGACUCUUCACAUUACAUAAAUAGUGUGGAAUUAUAGUAUUUUUUUAGGUUUGAUAAGCUUGUCUGGAAGGUCAUCUACAAUGUCUGAAGCAGCGCAAGUUCGUUUGGUUCGUUGCCCAAAAUGCGAAAACCUCCUUCCAGAGGUCACUGAUUACUCUGUUUAUCAGUGUGGUGCUUGUGGUGCUGUUCUUCGAGCGAAUGUUGAGGGUGAUGAAGAAAGGGUUGGAGGGGUUUCAGAGAAAGUUUCUGAGAAAUCAGAGAAUUUCGACUCUUUGGAAAAGCGGAUGAUGAAUAGCAAGGUUUUGAGGGAUGGUUCUGAGAAUGAUGUUAAUUCAAAUAGUUAUUCAGGUAGAGCUGAGAAGAAGGAGGCUUCGCGUGAUGGAACUGAGAAAUAUUGGAAUUGUUCCACGAUAAGGGGUGAUAAGUGGGUUGUUGAAGAGGAUCUAAAGAGAAAUAAAAAUAUUGGUGAAUUAGUUCAUGCUGAAGUGGCAAAAGAAUUUGAGGGUUUGAGACCAGAAAAUGGAAAUUUAUAUGUGUCACGAAGAUCAUGGCGAAUGCCGGAUUCAAGAAUUGGAGAGAGAGGUGAAAUGGAGGGGCUUCGAAGGGCUGAAAGGAUUGAUGAAGAAGAUGUGAGAUAUUCAUCUUCAAAGUGUUCUGAAGGGGCUCCAUUGAAUUACCAGUUAGGGUCUGGUUAUGGUUAUGAAGGGCCAGUGAAGAAUAGGAAGGACAAAGGGGGGCCUAAUAAGGUUGAGUAUGGUGAACAAGAUCAAGCAGAGCUCUUGAAGAAGUUGGAUGUGCUGAAGAAUCAACUUAGUCGAUCUUGUGAUGUAAUUGACAAACCCAAAGAAGAGGUCCAUCCACACCGGGUGAUAGUUCAUCAAGAUCUGUAUAGGGGUUCUGAGAAUUGGUUUCCUGAUGGCUCUUUGGGUUUGAAUAGAGUUUCAAUGCAACAUCAUAUGGCUGAUGAAAAUGUUGCAAGACCUUCUUAUGUUAGUCCUUACACUGAAGCAUCUCCUUUUAUAAGCAAGCAGGAAAUGCCUAUGCAUAAGUUUUAUCCUUCAAUGCAUAUAUCAAAUCCUGUUCAACAAUUUGACGAUCCUCUUAGGUCCCAAAUGCUAAGGAGAGCACAACUCCAGGCACCAGGUUCUUUCCGACCACAGCCACCUCACCCAUUCUAUUCUGGACACUACAGGGACAAUCAUAUGGUCCAUAUGGAUCCUUUUGAAACCUACACACAUGAUGUAAACCACCACCAUCCAUCUUGCUCCUGUUUCCAUUGCUACAACAAGCACCAUCAAGUUCCUCCACUUGUUAUGCCUACUGGCUUCCAUGGUAAAAGAUUUUCUAAUGUCCCAAACAAUCCAAUGUUGUCUCGUCAUGAACACCCUGGUGCAUUUGGUCUGCAGGAUUUUAAACAUAGAGUUGCCAAUCCUCCUCCAUUAACCACUCACAAUCCACAAUCCCAUACAAGAUGGUCCGAGGAUCUUAAUUCCGAAGCGGGUGGUUUUGCUUGUCGCCGUCCUCCAAGGGUGUUGCUAGCUACUGGCCGGAGGCAUUGCCACCCCAUAGCUGGUGGUUCUCCAUUUGUGACGUGCUACAAUUGCUUUGAAUUGCUGCAACUGUCUAAAAAAGUUUUUCUUAUGGAAAAAAUUCAAAAAAAGAUGAGAUGUGGGGCAUGCUCUACAGUCAUUCAUUAUGAAGUUACCAACAAGGGGCUUCUUGUUUCUGCUAAUGCCGUAGGAAAGGAAUCUUCUGCAAAGGUUGAUAAUAGCUCUAAUGUGGUAAAGAAAGAUGGAUAUUCACAUAACCAUGGUUAUGUGAAUAGAGCUAGCAUGAACUUCUCCUCUGAUGAUUAUGACAAUUGCGGUUAUGAUUUUCAGUCAAUGGAUAGAGAACCGGUUUUAUCAUCAGCAGGUCAGGAUAUCAGCUCAAAUAAGUCUGUAGAAAUGAAGAGCCUUCAUUCUACAUCUUCUUCUGAUUCUGAGGAUGAGGAUGACCUAGAUAGUUCGGUAGCUGCAAGAAAAAAUACCCACACUACUGAGCUGCCAAUCAAAGUCAAUGCGUCUGCACCUGCUUCAGGUUCACCCCAUCAAAUUCACAUUGAUUACGCUGCCAACUACCCCCAAUUUGGAAAGGGAAAUAGAGACAGACGCUCAGCACAGGAGAAGAUGAUGAUGAGGAAGACAACUUCAUGUCAAAAUACUAUGAAAGAUGCAACACUUGUAACUGAGAUUGAAAUAUCGUCUAAUGAGUACUCCAAUACUGGGACAUCUCAAGAUUCAAGUGACGGGAGCAGAGGAGAAGAUCAACUGAGAGCCAACAAAGGAGCUGAAUCGUUCUUUGCAGGCAUUAUCAAGAGGAGCUUUAAGGACUCCUCUAAGUCUAGUCAAACUGUUGAGCAGGAAAGUACCCAUGUUAUAGUCAAUGGGUAUCUUAUACCAGAUCGGUUGAUUAAGAAGGCUGAAAAGCUAGCUGGACAAAUCCAUUCUGGACAAUACUGGUAUGAUUCGAGAGCUGGAUUCUGGGGUGUGAUGGGCGGGCCUUGUCUUGGCAUAGUUCCUCCAUUUAUUGAAGAAUUUAAUUACCCCAUGCCUGAGAAUUGUGCUGGUGGAAAUACUGGUAUUUUUGUGAAUGGAAGAGAGCUUCACAUAAAGGAUUUGAAUUUGCUUGGACGUAGAGGGCUCCCGACUGAAAGAGAUAGAUCUUAUAUUAUUGAGAUUUCCGGAAGAGUCCUGGAUGAGGAUUCUGGUGAAGAGUUAGCAAGCCUUGGCAAGCUUGCCCCCACAGUUGAGAAAAUGAAGCAUGGAUUUGGCAUGAAACCAAGAGUGGCUGCUUGAACUUGAAGUGAUGACAUUGUAAGGGGUACGAGCUUCUGUCAAUGCUUCUGUUUUGGAAAAGAACUUGAAGAUGUGCUGCCAAGGUAUUGAACUACACAGUCCAAACUGUCUUGAUGAUUUUACCUCUUCUUGCAUUACUAUACAUGAAUUGCAAGACCAUGUCCGAUUAUUGAUCUCCUCAAUGGGUCCGAUUUGUUUCAUAAUCUUGGAAGUUUUAUGUUUUAUAAUACUGUUUUGCUUGUCAAAAAUUCAUUUAUGCAAUUUUCAAUGUGAUUAUUUGUCUU